CUGCAACCGCAUUUUUGGCUCUUUUCUUUUCUCUCUUUUCGCUCGUCGCUAAGACGCUAACCGCUCCUCGCUCCAGUCUCCAUCUCUACAGCUACAGCGUAUAUCUCCGGCUUCCUUCUCCAACGUCGCAGCCUCCGCCUCCGGCCAAGUCCCCGACUCUCAUUUCCGGCCACCGUCCCCAGUUUCCUCUCGUCCGAAUAACAACUUCAACACCACGAACUACGAACUUUCCAAAAUCUUCACUAGGAUCUUGUCCAACUCCAAAUCGUUAGUGAUUAAAUCCGGAAUCCGUCUCAUCUUAGUAUCUUACCCUUCUCUCUAGUCGAAUUAGGCCAUUAAGAGCUGCAGGAAAAGUGAUGAAGCUCCGGUACGCAAUGGUGUGCUCAUCCAAUCAGAACCGGAGCAUGGAGGCCCAUUCGUUGCUUAAGAGAGAGGGUUUCGAUGUCUGCUCUUACGGGACUGGACAGCACGUGAAGCUCCCCGGACCUUCCCUCAGAGAACCCAACGUCUAUGACUUCGGCACCCCCUACAAGCACAUGUUCGAUGAACUCCGUCGCAAGGACCCCGAACUGUACAAGAGAAACGGGAUAUUGCCAAUGCUGAAGAGGAACUUGGGUGUAAAGCAUGCACCUCAACGCUGGCAAGAUAAUGCAGAGGAUGGGCCUUUCGACGUAGUGCUUUCUUUCGAAGAAAAAGUUUUCGAUAUGGUGAUUGAAGAUCUCCAUAACCGUGAUCAGAUUCUGAUGAAGUCUGUUCUAGUAAUCAACUUGGAAGUAAAAGACAACCACGAGGAGGCAGCAAUAGGAGGUCGUCUUGCUUUAGCAUUGUGCCAGGAGAUUGAUGGUGUUGAAAAUUGGGAGGACACAAUUGAUGAUAUCAUCAACAAUUUUGAGAGAAAGAAUCGUAGGAAGCUCCUGUAUAGCAUCUCAUUCUAUUGAGUCUACGAGGUAAAGAAUCUGAAACACAUAGGUGUAGGUAUUUUUAGGCCACUGUUGAUUGAUGUUUGUAAUGUUUCCCCAUUGAGUAUUUGAUGUACUCUGGAUGGGGGGCUUACAAGAGAAUGACAAUUUAUUUUAGUUUGAAGUGAUUCAUGACAAUGUGAACUUGUUGAAGAAAGCAAAUAGUGCCUUGGUUCAAACACCCUUUUCCAA